AUUCCUUCCCAUUGAUUCCUCUCUCCUCUCCUCUCCUCUCCAUAUUAUUAUUAUUAUUAUAGACUUGAUACUAUAAAACAGAAGGCCAAUCGCUUCUCCUUCCUCCAUUCUCCUCUCUGUUCUCCCUUCUCUUCCUUCCACGAACUCGGUGAUAGUGAGAUAACAAUGGCGGAGCCGGUGGUGGACGCGGAGUACCUGAAGGAGAUCGAGAAGGCCCGCAGAGACCUCCGAGCCCUCAUCUCCAGCAAGAACUGUGCCCCCAUUAUGCUCCGCCUCGCAUGGCAUGAUGCUGGCACUUAUGAUAAAAAGACAAAAACCGGUGGUCCAAAUGGUUCCAUUAGGAUGGAGGAAGAGUAUAGCCAUGGUUCAAAUGCUGGUUUGAAAAUAGCGAUAGACCUUUUGGAGCCAGUGAAAGCAAAGCAUCCAAAGAUUACAUAUGCAGACCUUUAUCAGCUUGCUGGAGUUGUUGCUGUUGAAGUGACGGGUGGGCCGACCAUUGACUUUGUCCCUGGAAGAAAGGACUCGUCACAAUGCCCAGAAGAAGGAAGGCUUCCAGAUGCUAAGAAAGGGGUAUCUCAUUUGAGGGAAGUGUUUUACCGAAUGGGUUUGUCAGACAAAGAUAUUGUGGCACUAUCUGGUGGCCAUACUCUGGGAAGGGCUCAUCUUGAGAGAACAGGAUUUGAAGGUGCUUGGACAAAGGAUCCUCUCCACUUUGACAACACCUACUAUGUAGAACUACUGGAAGGGGAUAAGGAGGGCCGCCUCAAGCUUCCCACAGACAAGGCUCUCUUAGGGGAUCCUAUAUUUCGACGUUUUGUUGAGCUAUAUGCAAAGGAUGAAGAUGCAUUUUUUAAGGACUAUGCAGAAUCACACAAGAAAUUGUCCGAGCUAGGCUUUACUCCACCUCGCAUCCGUUUGGUUAAGGCUAUACUAGUACGAGGUGCUGUUGCUAUUGCAGUUGCUGCUGCAGUGGUCAUUCUGAGUUACUUAUAUGAAAUUAAAAAGAAAAUGGAGUGAAUGACAAAUCUGAUUUAUGUUGGGCAUUAUAGCUUCCUGUAAGGAAGUCAAAUGCAAGCAGAGAGAAGAAAGCCCUUGUAAAGGGAUAGCAGGGAGGAUUUUGUAUAAAUUAUAGACCAAUAAAUCACUGAAUACUGUAUUCUGUGACUGUUGCAGUUUAAAUAUCAAACAAGAUGAAUUACAACUUUACAA